AAAAAGGCAGGUGGGCCCCACCUUCUGCUCUCCCCCCUCUCUCUCUCUCUCUCUAAAAACGCUUCGAAUUGCUCACCUUCUUUCUUCGCAAGGGGAAAACCGCUUCCAUGUGAUUCGAUCUCUCCCUUGCUUCUCCCAAUUAGACAUGAGGGGAGAUCUAGACAAUUUCACGACUCAUAGCCUAGAAUAUCCUAAUCACAAGCAGGAUCAUGAUUGAAGAACAUAACAAAGGAAAAAUGCAAAGGAGCCAUGAGGCAUCCUUAUUAUGCCUGCAGAAGAAGGCAUUUGACUGUAAGCUACAAGGGAAUGGUAAUGCAGGUGAAGGACCGCCUCCUGAGCUAAAGGAUGAAAGAGUAAGGGUAUUAACAGCUGAAAAUUCACUAAGUAAUAGGACUUCUGGGGUGGCAAAUGAUGGUUACUCGAGACCUGCAUACCAACAAAAUUUCUUUGCAUGGUCAAACUUUCAGAACGAAUAUCAAAAGGUCCAACCCAACCAGUGGCAAGCCUUCCCAGAGAGCUACUUUUAUCCAGUUAAUAGAGAAUAUCCCUUCCCAUUAGAAAGUAACAUUCAGUAUAUGCCCUACUGGAUGCAGCCUCUAGGUUAUCCUCAGGAUUUUCAGUUGCAAGAGUUUCAGUAUUUUGUGGUUAUUGAUUUUGAGGCAACCUGUGACAAGGAAAAAAAUCCUCAUCCACAAGAAAUUAUUGAAUUUCCAUCUGUACUAGUGAAUAGCAUGACUGGGCAGUUAGAAGGAUAUUUUCAGACCUAUGUUCGUCCUGCUUAUCAUCAUCAUUUGACAGAUUUCUGCAAGGAACUGACUGGCAUCCAACAGAUUCAGGUGGAUAGAGGUGUUCCUUUAAGUGAGGCUCUCCUUAUGCAUGAUAAGUGGCUGGAAGAUAAUGGGAUUAAACAUACGAAUUUUGCUGUUGUCACAUGGUCCAAUUGGGACUGUCGGGUGAUGUUAGAAUCAGAAUGCAGAUUCAAAAGGAUAAGGAAACCUCCUUAUUUUAACAGGUGGAUCAAUCUAAGGGUUCCAUUCCAUGAAGUGUUUGGUGAUGUUCGCUGCAACCUCAAGGAGGCAGUCCAGUUGGCUGGGUUAGCUUGGGAAGGUCGUGCUCAUUGUGGCCUGGAUGACGCUAGGAACACUGCCAGACUGCUUACCAAUCUCAUGAGAAGAGGAUUAAGGUUCUCAAUUACAGACUCUCUCAUGUGGCAAAUGCCUGGACGUUCUGCUCCAUGGCAGUCACUGGAAUGCUCAAGCCCGAAUUACCAGAAGAUGAAACAGCCAUCAGCCAUCUUCCAGUUCUACCCCUCCGUGGACUUCAACAAGGAGAAACGCAUCUAUUGCUACUGUGGUGUGAAGUCCGUCAAGCGCAUGAUUAGAAAGCCUGGACCGAAGCAAGGGAGUUUCUUCUUUGGAUGUGGGAAUUGGUCUGCAACAAGAGGUGCUGUCUGUCCAUACUUUGAAUGGGCUUCCUGAAUGUGAUACGAGGCGUUCUGCUACCUGUAAAAAGUUUCCUAGAGAAAAAGGGGAAUCAGUCGUGCAAUAAUUUAAGCGCUGCAGGAUGCUUAGCUCCCCCGCUUAAGCUAUGGUAGGCUUGGUUUUCUUAGAUACUUCAGCUUCUAACCUGUAAACUGACUUCUGUUGACAGUUCAAGGUGAAAAGCAUGCUUGGACAUUAUAUAUUGGUCGCACCUAUGCAUUUGGUGCUUAUUA